AUGUGGCUUGACGCUGUUUCGGGUGAUGCUGCUGCGUCCCUCGUCCCAGACCUGAUGCACAUUGCCCUCAGGCAACAUUUCCUGCUCACCAAUGUCGGGGCAGCAGAUGCGUUCGGGGAUCGUUUCGCCGCGUACUGGCUUGCUGCCUCGCCGCGACUGAGUGGCCACCAGGCGGUGCAGCAACACCGCUGCGCAGCAGGCCAAGAGGCCAUGUUGGCGAUGGCCUGCUGGACCGACACCACCCACCAGCGCCGCGCCCCCGCCGAAGCGGCCGCUUGUCGCAGCGCGGGUGCGGACCAGGUCGCGCACGAGUUUGAGCGCGCUCUGUGGCUGCACCGUCCUCCCAACAGUUCCGACAUCAGUUAA